AUGUUUUAUUCCCUAACAAUAAUCUCGAUUUUAGAAGUUCUUUUGGUAUUAGUUCCCUCUUUAUUAGCAGUAGCUUAUGUGACAGUAGCGGAAAGAAAAACUAUGGCAAGUAUGCAAAGAAGAUUGGGUCCGAAUGCCGUAGGUUACCUAGGACUUUUGCAAGCAUUUGCUGAUGCUUUGAAACUUUUACUAAAAGAAUAUGUAGCACUUACACAAGCUAAUAUGACAUUAUUCUUUUUAGGUCCUGUUAUUACAUUAAUUUUUUCUCUUUUAGGUUACGCAGUAAUACCUUAUGGACCGUCAUUGGUUAUUCAGGAUGUGAAUUUAGGUAUAUUAUAUAUGUUGGCUGUUUCUUCUCUAGCGACCUACGGAAUACUUUUAGCUGGAUGAAGUGCUAAUAGUAAAUAUGCUUUUUUAGGGUCAUUAAGAAGUGCAGCCCAAUUAAUUAGUUAUGAGUUAGUCUUAAGUUCUGCGAUACUUUUAGUUAUUAUGUUAACUGGAAGUUUUAAUCUUGGUGUGAAUACUGAAUCUCAAAGGGCUGUUUUAUUUGUAUUACCUUUAUUGCCUAUAUUUAUUAUAUUUUUUAUUGGAUCGAUUGCGGAAACUAAUCGUGCCCCCUUUGAUUUAGCUGAGGCUACUAAAUUAGUUAGUGGUUUUAUGACAGAACAUGCAGCAGUAGUCUUUGUAUUCUUUUUCUUAGCCGAGUAUGGUAGUAUAGUUUUAAUGUGUAUACUUACAAGUAUUUUGUUUCUAGGAGGUUAUUUAUUUAUAAAUCUUAAAGAUGUCUUUAAUAUUCUUGAUUUUGUAUAUUCCAAUUUAUUUAUAUUUGAAAUUAAUUGAAUGGUUUCUGAAAGAUCUUAUACAGAAGAUUUCUUUAACAAUUAUAAAUCCAUAUUAGAAGGAUGGCUAUAUGGAUGAAUUAUAGGAUUAAAAAGCUCUAUAAUGAUAUUUAUUUUUAUAUUAGGGAGAGCAUCUUUCCCUAGAAUACGUUAUGAUCAAUUAAUGGGUUUUUGUUGAACAGUUUUAUUACCUAUAAUCUUUGCGUUAAUAAUCUUAGUGCCUUGUAUUUUAGAAAGUUUUUACAUUUUGCCAUGAAAUUUAAACCUUUUUUAA